AUGACGAACGAGAAUCUCCAAGCACCGGGUGGUACUAAAUCCUCAAAUUCAAUGGACGCCAAUUCAAGUCAUUUUUACACUGGGAAACCUCCGGCUAACUUAAUUAAGGCUGUCCAAGAAUAUAACAUGAUUGAUGACAAUCCAAAACUACUCAUUGCGAAUAUUGUACAACUCAGAAAGAGGCACUCCAUGGUAGAUAUUGUUCGUUCUAUAAGAGAAGGCAUUAAGCAAGCAGGGUCUAGAGUUGAGAAAAAGUUUAGAGAUGUGACUGACGAUGAGUUCGUACAAAUGGAAACUUGCUCAUUGGGUCACUUAGAUUGCCAGAAGUUGGGCGAUGACUUAAGCAGUAAGUAUAAAAAGCUUGACAAAUUUAUCGAGGUUCGUAGAUGCUUCCAAAAUGCACUUGUUUAUGGGGUUGGUAAUUACCAUGUUAGAAUGGAACCAUUUCCACCAACAUAUAUCGAAUCAGAUGCUUUCACAAGAAUUCAACAAACUUUUAUAACAUAUAUUCAGCAAAUCCAUUUUACUGUGGACGAGGAACCAUUCCACCUUAUAUUUGAUCUCAAGGACUUAUCGUAUGAAUUAUUUUUGUUGAAGACCAACACUACUAAAGUUCAGGAAGCUCUUAAAACUUUCAUAUCAAGUGUAUUGAAGAAUGGUCAAUUGGUAAUUGUUGAAAUACCACAACCUGAAGACCUAGAGACUGUUUAUGUUCCAGAACAAGACUAUUGCUACUCAUAUAUUGUAGUUAAGCUGAAUUCUGGAGCAAUUGACUACAAUCAACCUGAUGUCUACGUUAAGAAGCACAAUGUUGAAGUGAUCGCCAGUCCUGAAGUAAUGCGUAAUGGUUCCCUUUCAAAUCUAGGCAGUGAUAACUGUUCCAGCUUCUCUGAAAUGCUGACCCCCUCAGAGGUAUCAUUGUGCGGGAGUUUAUUGGGGCUUGGUUUUGGUAAGGACUAUGAGGCAACUUCGUCCGAUAAUAGGCAAGGAAAUAGUGAAAUAGCCAGUGUUACUAAAAAUAUUUCAUCAUCAAUAGAACCUAAUAUCGAGGUUGCAAAACAUUGGACUAUGAUAUCUCCAUUGACAGGUGCAAUUCCACGAGACUACCUUAGGGAAAUUUGCCAGUACUCCAUCGCCUUUGCAGUCACAAGCGAAGAUUGUAUACUGUGUAGAGAUAUGCCACCUAUUUGGGAGGUUGCUAUACAUCCAGAAACCAACUUAAAGCUUUUCUUAAGGAAAUCGGUGGAGAUUUUAAUGAUAAUAAUGCAUUAUUUGAUGAAGCGUGCGGCAUCCAAUUGGCUUAGAGUGUGCUUGGCAUUGGCAUAUUUUAUCUUUUGCAAUUUGUUGGUCGUAUACAUCGUAAGAAAAUAUGCAGUUCCUCCACCACCGCCUGCCAAAAUUAUUUAUGUGAACCAAAAAUUCAAUAUCGUGCACCUUUUCUCGUCAUGGUUUGGUACUACACGUAGCGUAACUCAGAUGUUGAUGGCCCAAGAGGAAUUGUCCAAGGAAGCAGUUGCUAGAAUAGACCAUUCCCCUUUCUGA